AUGAAACCAGAUGCUGAUUUUGGAGUGCUUGCUGUACAGAAGCAAGUUAAGUUCACCACAGAAGUUGCUACAAGUAUGGCUUCUUUGAGGAGCUCACUUGGGAGAACUUUCUCAUGGAUUUGUGAUGGAGAACUUGAAUUGGGUUCUUACUGCACUCAAAGAACUAUCAUUAAUGGCAAGGGAUCACUUUCUAUAGUUGUCUCAAUCUGUUGCGCUCUUACUAGCAUUGCAUAUUUUGCUGCUGGUUUAUGGGAUCUAAUUGCCCAGAGUGAUGUGUCCGGUCACUUCGGCUGGUUGGAUUACUUUGUAAGAGGACUAGUUUGGUUUUCUUACACAGUUUCCUUGCUUGUUCAAAGGUCCAAAUGGAUCAAAGUUCUAAACUCUGUUUGGUGGGUGUCCUCCUUUUCAUUGGUCUCGGCUUAUAACAUCGAAGUACUCAUAAGAACCCACAACAUUCACAUGUUUGAUGCAAUGACAUGGCCAGUGAACUUGUUACUUCUUCUGUGUGCUGUUAGAAACCUCAGUCAAUGUGUUUAUCAGCAUCCCCAAGAUAACAGCCUCUCUGAACCUCUAUUGGCCCGAAAGUCUGCUGGAAAGAGCCAGAAAACAGAACUUGAGCAUGCUAGUUUUCUUAGCAAAUUGACAUUUGCUUGGAUAAACCCUUUACUUAAAUUGGGCUCCUCAAAAACAUUAGCUCUUGAAGACAUCCCUUCUCUGGUUGCUGAAGAUGAAGCAGAUUUAGCAUACCAAAAGUUUGCUCAUGCAUGGGAUUCACUGUCAAGGGAGAAGAGGCCAAGCAGUACCCGGAACCUGGUUCUGCAGACUGUAGCAAAAGUUUACAUGAAAGAAAAUACAUGGAUAGCAUUUUGUGCAUUCCUCAGGACCAUUUCAAUUGCAGUUUCUCCUCUUAUACUCUAUGCUUUUGUAAAUUAUUCAAAUAGCGACAAGGAAAAUCUAUCUGAAGGCCUCAAAAUAUUGGGGUGCCUAAUUCUUUCCAAAGUGGUUGAAUCUUUGAGCCAGAGACAUUGGUUUUUUGGCUCAAGGAGGUGUGGAAUGAGGAUGAGGUCGGCCCUGAUGGUGGCAGUUUAUCAAAAGCAGCUGAAGCUUUCUAGUUUGGGAAGGAGAAGGCACUCAGCUGGGGAGAUUGUGAAUUAUAUAGCAGUCGAUGCCUAUCGAAUGGGAGAGUUCCCGUGGUGGUUUCAUUCAGCAUGGACCUAUGCACUGCAACUAUUCCUUACCAUUGGUGUUCUUUAUUGGGUGGUGGGUCUCGGUGCUCUUCCUGGUUUGAUUCCUCUCUUCAUUUGUGGUCUCCUGAAUGUGCCAUUUGCAAAGGCACUUCAAAAGUGUCAAUCCCAGUUCAUGAUAGCUCAAGACGAGCGACUCAGAGCCACUUCUGAGAUCCUGAACAGUAUGAAAAUCAUUAAGUUACAAUCCUGGGAAGAGAAAUUCAAAACGUUAGUCGAUUCCCUUCGCGAACGUGAAUUCAUAUGGUUGACUGACUCACAAAUGAAAAGGGCUUAUGGCACUCUAAUGUAUUGGAUGUCACCCACCAUCAUUUCUUCGGUUAUCUUUCUGGGAUGUAUCGUUUUCCAAAGUGUCCCUCUAAAUGCAAGUACCAUAUUCACGGUUCUAGCUUCCCUAAGGAACAUGGGAGAACCUGUCAGAAUGAUACCAGAGGCUCUUUCAGUAAUGAUCCAAGUCAAGGUCUCAUUUGAUCGUCUCAAUGUUUUUUUGCUUGACGACGAGCUGAAAGAUAAUGAAGUAAGGAAGUUGUCAUCACAGAAUUCAGAUGAGAGCUUAAGAAUAGAAAGAGGCAGUUUCAGCUGGUAUCCUGAAUCAACAGUUCCAACUCUUAGAAAUGUGAAUUUAGAAGUGCAAAGGGAGCAGAAAGUUGCAGUUUGUGGACCAGUUGGAGCUGGAAAAUCAUCACUUUUAUGUGCUAUACUUGGAGAGAUGCCCAAAAUUUCAGGAACUGUUGAUGUAUUUGGAACCAUGGCCUAUGUUUCUCAGACUUCUUGGAUACAAAGUGGGACAGUUCGUGAUAACAUACUCUACGGGAGGCCAAUGGACAAGAACAAAUAUGAUAAGGCCAUAAAAGCUUGUGCUCUGGAUAAGGACAUUGAUAGUUUUGACCAUGGUGAUCUUACUGAAAUAGGCCAAAGGGGGCUUAACAUGAGUGGAGGACAGAAGCAGAGGAUUCAGCUGGCUCGAGCUGUCUAUAGUGAUGCUGAUAUCUAUCUUCUUGAUGACCCCUUCAGUGCAGUGGAUGCACACACUGCUGCAAUUCUAUUUCAUGAUUGUGUCAUGGCCGCUCUAGCAAGGAAAACUGUAAUUCUGGUAACUCAUCAAGUUGAAUUUCUCUCAGAAGUUGAUAAGAUUCUGGUAAUAGAGGGUGGACAAGUUACUCAAUCUGGAAGCUAUGAGAGUCUUUUGACAGCUGGAACAGCAUUUGAGCAGCUUGUGAAUGCUCAUAAAGAUGCAGUGACAACAUUGGGUCCUUCCAAUUAUCAAAGCCAAGGAGAAUCUGAAAAGGGAGAUAUGGUUCGGCCAGAGGAACCUCAUGCGGCAUACCUCACUGCAAAUAAUAGUGAAGGGGAUAUUUCUGUGAAGGGUGUAGCUGGGGUGCAACUAACAGAAGAAGAAGGGAAAGAGAUUGGAGAUGUUGGAUGGAAGCCCUUUUGGGACUAUAUAUUUGUUUCCAAAGGAACACUUCUUCUAUGCUUAGGCAUAAUAACACAGUCUGGUUUUGUUGGUCUUCAGGCUGCUGCAACUUAUUGGUCAUUUUUUGCAGCCCAUAUGGGAUUGAAAGCUUCUAGAGCCUUUUAUUCUGGUUUCACUGAUGCUAUCUUUAAGGCUCCCAUGCUGUUCUUUGACUCAACCCCUGUAGGGAGGAUUUUGAUCCGAGCUUCAUCAGACUUAAGUAUUUUGGAUUUUGACAUACCGUUCUCCAUUAUCUUUGUUGUGUCUGCUGGCGUUGAACUGCUGACAACGAUUGGAAUUAUGGCUUCGGUCACAUGGCAAGUUCUCAUUAUAGGCAUUCUUGCCAUGGUUGCCGCAAAAUAUGUUCAGGGCUAUUAUCUAGCCUCUGCAAGGGAACUAAUAAGAAUCAAUGGAACAACCAAAGCUCCUGUUAUGAACUAUGCAUCAGAGACAUCACUUGGAGUGGUCACUAUAAGAGCUUUUAAGAUGGCGGACAGGACAGAAGUGCUUCAGAAUUUGACCCUUUUCACAGCUGCUUUUUUCAUUGUUUUACUUCCUAAGGGUUAUGUUGCACCAGGGCUUGUGGGGCUCUCUCUUUCUUAUGCUUUAUCACUAACAGCAACACAAAUUUUUGUGACUCGAUGGUAUUGCAACUUAUCCAACUACAUUAUCUCGGUUGAAAGGAUAAAACAAUUCAUGCAGAUUUCACCAGAGCCCCCUGCAAUUGUGGAGGACAAGAGGCCUCCAUCUUCAUGGCCUAGCAAGGGUAGGAUAGAGCUGUAUUCUCUGAAGAUCAAAUACCGCCCAAAUGCUCCGCUAGUUCUCAAGGGAAUUACAUGCACAUUCAGAGAAGGCACUAGAGUAGGAGUUGUGGGAAGGACAGGAAGCGGAAAAACCACACUCAUAAGUGCUUUGUUUCGCUUAGUAGAGCCAGCCAGUGGUAAAAUCAUUAUAGAUGGACUUGACAUCUGCUCUAUGGGUUUAAAAGACUUGAGAAUGAAGCUCAGCAUCAUCCCUCAAGAACCAACUCUUUUCAGGGGUAGCAUCCGAACCAACUUGGAUCCUCUAGGCCUUUACUCCGAUGACGAAAUAUGGAGGGCUCUAGAGAAGUGUCAGCUCAAGGCAACAGUCAGUAAGCUACCUAAUCUGCUAGACUCAUCUGUGAGUGAUGAAGGGGAAAACUGGAGCGCCGGACAACGCCAGCUCUUUUGCCUUGGCAGAGUCCUUCUCAAGAGGAACAGAAUUCUAGUUUUAGACGAGGCUACGGCAUCCAUUGAUUCUUCGACAGACGCCAUUCUGCAGAGAAUCAUCAGGCAGGAAUUUUCAGAAUGCACAGUGAUAACUGUGGCUCACAGAGUUCCAACCGUUAUAGACAGUGACAUGGUCAUGGUCCUCUCCUAUGGGAAGCUGGUGGAAUAUGAAGAGCCUGCAAAGCUGUUGGAUACCAACUCCUACUUCUCCAAGCUUGUAGCUGAAUAUUGCGGGACGCUUCUUGAUAACAUACUCUACGGGAGGCCAAUGGACGAGAUCAAAUAUGAUAAGGCCAUAAAAGCUUGUGCUCUGGAUAAGGACAUUGAUAGUUUUGACCAUGGUGAUCUUACUGAAAUAGGCCUAAGGGGGUUUAACAUGAGUAGAGGACAGAAGCAGAGGAUUCAACUGGCUCGAGCUGUCUAUAGUGAUGCUGAUAUCUAUCUUCUUGAUGACCCCUUUAGUGCAGAUUGCGUCAUGGCCGCCCUAGCAAAGAAAACUGUAAUUCUGGUGACUCACCAAGUUGAAUUUAUCUCAGAAGUUGAUAAAAUUCUGGUAAUAGAGGGUGGACAAGUUACUCAAUCUGGAAGCUAUGAGAGUCUUUUGACAGUUGGAACAGCAUUUGAGCAGCUUGUGAAUGCUCAUAAAGAUGCAGUGACAACAUUGGGUCCUUCCAAUUAUCAAAGCCAAGGAGAAUCUGAAGAGGGAGAUAUGUUUCGGUGCAAGGAACCUCAUGGAGCUUACCUUACUGCAAAUAACAGUGAAGGGGAUAUUUCUGUGAAGGGUAUAGCUGGGGUGCAACUAACAGAAGAAGAAGAGAAAGAGAUUGGAGAUGUUGGAUGGAAGCCCUUUAGGGAUUAUAUAUUUGUUUCCAGAGGAACACUUCUUCUAUGGUUAGGCAUAAUAGCAGAGUCUUUUUUUAGUAGUCUUCAGGCUGCUGCAACUUAUUGGCUAGCUCCAGGCAUUCAAAUUCCUAAACUCAUUGGUGUUUAUGCUGCAAUUUCAGCACUUACUGCUGUCUUUGUAUAUCUUAGGUCAUUUUUGGCUGCCCAUAUGGGAUUGAAAGCUUCUAGAGCCUUUUACUCUGGUUUCACUGAUGCUAUCUUCAAGGCUCCCAUGCUGUUCUUUGACUCAACCCCUGUAGGGAGGAUUUUAAUACGAGCUUCAUCAGACUUAAGUAUUUUGGAUUUUGACAUACCUUUCUCCAUUAUCUUUCUUUUGGCUUCUUGCACUGAACUGCUGGACUAUUAUCUAGCCUCUGCAAGGGAACUAAUAAGGAUCAAUGGAACAACCAAAGCUCCUGUUAUGAACUAUGCAUCAGAGACCUCACUCGGAGUUGUCACUAUAAGAGCCUUUAAGAAGGCGGACAGGUUCUUCCACAACUACUUAGAGCUAAAUCUGACCCUUUUCACAGCUGCUUUUUUCAUUGUUUUACUUCCUACGGGUUAUGUUGCACCAGGGCUUGUGGGGCUUUCUCUUUCUUAUGCUUUAUCACUAACAGCAACACAAAUUUUUGCGACUCCAUGGUAUUGCAGCUUAUCCAACUACAUUAUCUCGGUUGAAAGGAUAAACCAAUUCAUGCAAAUUGCACCAGAGCCUCCUGCAAUUGUGGAGGACAAGAGGCCAGCAUCUUCAUGGCCUCCGAAGGGUAGGAUAGAGCUGUAUUCUCUGGAGAUCAAAUAUCAUCCAAAUGCUCCGCUAGUUCUCAAGGGAAUUACGUGCACAUUCAAAGAAGGCACGAGAGUAGGAGUUGUGGGAAGGACAGGAAGCGGAAAAACUACACUCAUAAGUGCUUUGUUUCGCUUAGUAGAGCCGGCCAGUGGUAAAAUCAUUAUAGAUGGACUUGACAUCUCCUCUAUGGAUCUAAAAGACAUGAGAAUGAAGCUCAGCAUCAUCCCUCAAGAACCAACUCUUUUCAGGGGAAGCAUCCGAACCAACUUGGAUCCACUAGGCCUUUACUCCGAUGACGAAAUAUGGAGGGUGAGCAAGAACCAACUCCAGUUCUGA